AUGGACUUUGAUCCGUUGUCCUUGUACACCCCUUCUGCAAGCACUGCUAUAGAGCAUAUCAUCCAUGACAUCACAUCAUUUAAAGGUCAACAACUGACCCCAAGUCAUUGCCGGACCUCUUGCGAGGAAAUGACACUGGAAUACAAUGAAGAGAAUGAGGAUGAUCUAAUACCGCUUCACAUUUUAGACUUACCUAUGCUACGUUUACAACCACCAUAUCCUGUUCUUGUGGCUAUCUUAAAACUCAUGGCACCUGAUGAAGUGCUCAAUUUUCAACAAAACCGAAACGAACAUGACGUCAAGCCUGAUGAAGAGACGAUUUUCAGUGAAAAAUUGGUUUCACCAGUACAACUCGAGAAUGCUGUAUCGUGGCUAGUGCAAAAUUGCCCUCGUUUAAGUACCCUGAAAAAGUUAAGCCUUGUACCGGCCUUGUCACUGGGGUUGCGUGCAAAUUCUGCAAAUGACUAUAAUGCAUACAUCACUCGAAUCGUGUCCAAUGAACUCUCAUGGAUGACCGAUGCCGAAAGAGACGAGAUACACUCGUUGGCUAGUUUGAGGAUAAGUGAAAAUUGUGGACGCAUGGCGCAGCCUCAGCUCAAGAGGAAGAUCUAUUUGUCUAAUCUAGAGCAAUAUGACAGACAAUACAUCUACUUGAACGAACCCUCAAUGACAAAUGACAACUUAGGAUUAAAGACUUGGGGAAGCUCGCUUAUCCUUGGGUCAAGGUUAUUACGUGCGGGCAAAGUGAGCUCAAAUUUAGGAGAGCCUGUCCUUGAGUUAGGCUCUGGCACUGGUCUUGUGGGGAUUUGUUGUUGUUUAAUGGGAAUGGAAACAACCCUCACAGAUCUACCCCAAAUUGUCCCCAAUUUGCGAAAAAAUAUCGAGUUGAACAAGUUGGAAGACAAAACCACUUGUGUCGAAUUAGACUGGUCGGCGCCAGAAAGAUCACCCGUGUACGAGAAAACUUUUGCCACUGUAGUAGUUAGUGAUCCAGUAUAUUCAAGCCAACAUCCAUAUUGGGUCGUUAAUAUGAUCGAAAUGUUUCUAAGCCAUAGCAUAAAUGACGAUACAACUCCAAACGCGUUGAUUGAAGUUCCAUUGAGACCCAAAUUCGAAAACGAGCGUCAAUUGUUGUGGGAUUUAAUGCUGGAAAAAUUUGUCGAAGUAGAGUCUGAUAUUGAAGACGGAUGUGAUGAUUUUGGGGAUAUGAAGUUUUGCUACAAGCGGUAUAUCAGGAAAUAG